CACUAUUCAGUUCACUCCCUGAUUGAUACAAACAAAAUGACAGACUCCACACCAUCCAACAAGAAGCUCCAAGGCAAGGUGGCCAUUAUCACCGGAGGUGCAGGUGGCAUAGGCGAGGCCACGGCGCGCCACUUCGCUGCUCACGGCGCCAGAGCCAUCGUCAUCGCAGACGUCCAAGACGAGAAGGGCCAAAACGUCGCCGUAUCAAUCGGGUCCAACAUCUGCACCUACGUUCAUUGCGAUGUCUGUGACGAGGAACAGGUCAAAACACUGGUAGACACCACAGUCAAGGCGUUUGGGCGCCUGGACAUCAUGUACAGCAACGCGGGCUUGGGGAGAGCGACUCACAAGCGCGAGCAGAGCGUGUUGGAGGUGGACUUGUUGGCUUACGACAAGGUCAUGGCGGUGAACGCGCGUGGAAUGGUGGCGUGCGUGAAGCACGCGGCGAGGGCGAUGGUUGAAGGGCGCGUGAGGGGGAGCAUAGUUUGCACGGCGAGCGUGGUGGCGACUAUGGGCGGCAACAAGUUCGUGGACUACGUGAUGUCGAAGCAUGCGGUGCUGGGGUUGGUGAGGUCCGCGAGCUUGCAGCUGGGGCCAUAUGGGAUACGAGUGAAUUGUGUUUCACCAGGGGUUGUUGGGACGGCACUGCUCAAAGACAUGUUUGGGGUUGAAAAUGAAGAGGCAGAAAAGGUGUACGAGUCGAGUGCCAUCUUGAAAGGUGGGGUGAUGGCACCCAAAAAUGUGGCCGACGUUGUGGUGUUUCUUGCUUCUGAGGAUUCCGAGUUUGUCACAGGGCAUAAUUUUAAGGUUGAUGGUGGGAAUAGUCUCAAAGUUAGCCAAUGAUCCAUUAAAAGCACACUUGUGUGAGUUGCAUAACAAAGGUUUCAGCCUUUCAGGACUGGUCAUGACUUUUAUGGUUGUUGGACACAAGAAGGACGAGGGAAAGGGAAUCACAAAGGUUGGCAUCACAUCAUCAACAGACAGCAGCAGUCAUUGAAAGAGAUUUUUCCCUGCCCAAGUGAUUUUUGGAUUCACAUCCAGUACAAUACCCAGGGUAUUGCACGGGGUGCAAUACCUCAAAUCUCAGCCGUCUGUGUAAUCCAAGACCCAUUAGUUUGACACGUUAUAACUCCAGCCUGGCAAGCCGUGUCUCCCACUUUUUCUUUUCAUUUCAGCUACCCAAUUUGAAUUCAGUAAAACACUCUCUCUCCCACCUCAACUGGGUUUCUCUUUCUCUCCCUAACGCUCCAUUCUCUCAACCCGACUGUGCUUCCACCACUCUCUCAACCUCCAUACUUGCUCUGUGCGUCUCUCUCAAGUCCUCAACCCCUUCAUCACCGUUAGCAGCAUACCCAACUCA